GGAGGAGCCGCUUCCGCUCACAGCGCUGAAACACUCCGCACGGUCUGAGCACGCAAGGUCGUGUCCCCUUUAGUGGGGUUUUGUACAUCUUAUUUGGGCAAAAAUGUUGUCCAGAGCCGCUCGUUACGGGUCGCUUCCUCCGCACACGCAGGCAGUAAAAAAUGGUCUUAAAAAGUUGACAUUUGGAGCAAAGGACGCGGGUCUGGCGGGUGUAGGAAUCCGGCUGGCCCACACAGACCUCAAGAUCCCUGAUUUCUCAGACUACCGUCGGCCUGAUGUUCAAGAUCCAAGCAAGCCGUCCCAGGGCAGCAGUGAAUCUAGAAGAACCUUCUCUUACGUCCUCACCGGAGCCACCACUGUGGUCGGUCUGUAUUCUGCCAAAACCGUGGUCUCCCAGUUUGUGUCGUCUAUGAGCGCUUCAGCUGAUGUUUUGGCCUUGUCUAAAAUUGAGAUCAAGUUGACCGACAUCCCUGAGGGUAAAAACAUGACCUUCAAAUGGAGAGGGAAGCCUCUGUUUGUUCGUCACAGAACAGAUAAGGAGAUCGCUGCAGAAGCUGCUGUAAACCUGGCAGAGCUGCGUGACCCUGAGCAUGACAAGGACCGAGCCUCAAACCCUCGGUGGGUGAUUGUUCUUGGCGUGUGCACCCACUUGGGCUGUGUGCCCAUCGCCAACGCCGGAGACUUUGGAGGGUACUACUGUCCGUGCCAUGGCUCUCAUUACGACGCGUCUGGAAGAAUCCGAAAAGGACCUGCUCCUCUUAAUCUUGAGGUUCCUUACUAUGAAUACCCUGAUGAUGACACUGUGGUUGUGGGAUAAUCUAUUUUUACCCCUCUUCUUAAACGUAGGUUUUUAAGUAACUGAAAGGCUGGGUGAGCGUUUAAAUGUAUCAUUAAAGAGCUAUUUCAAACCA